AUGGAUUAUCAUGUUGGAGACCCUGUAAAGCCAUGGAUUAUCAUACUGGAGACCUGUAGAGCUGUGGAUGUAGAGCCGUGGAUUAUCAUGCUGGAGACCUGUAAAGCCAUGGAUUAUCAUGUUGGAGACCCUGUAGAGCUGUGGAUUAUCAUGCUGGAGACUCUGUCUGGUACAACAACACCCAGGUCCAUUUUGUCGGCACGGAAACUGACGGCUUCACUAAAAUCUCUCAACACUUACAGACAACCCUCUAUAGCUGAUGACAGCGAGUUAGACGAUGAUCAGAGUAUUAGUACACAUCCUACCAUCAGUGCCAAGGUCACACGAAGGUCACCACCACAAGAUGAUCAAGUCAUAUCUGGAUCAGCAUCACCUCAGAGGUCAAGAACACAUCGCUUAGGCCCUACCUCAAUCACAGGAAGUAUUGAGGAGGAGCCAAGCGAUUUAAGCCAAGGUUGGAGAGGUAGCUCUGUGGGGACCUUUCUCACAGGUGCAUCUGACGCACAAGAUGUCACGCUUCCAUCAGAUCUGGAACAGCAAGAGGACAGCUAUGUACCGAAGGAGCAAGAAGAUGGUUACUCACUGCUGGAACAAGGUGAAGGUCACUCAUUGAAGGAGGAAGGUGAUGGGCGUGAUAAAAAUGGUGUUGGGUUAGAACAUCUGUCUGAGGGAAGUGAUGGUUCUGAUAUAGAAAUGUUGUAUACCGCGGGUAAUGGUGGUGUGGAUGGUAGUGUAGAUAUUGUGGAUGGUGAUGGUAUUGUAUCCACCUCUGUUGUCUCCCCUUCCCCAAACAUCCGGCAUGGCAAAUCCACACAAUUUCAGCAGCAUGAAAAUUCCUCCCCCUCCCCUAAUCCUCAACAAUCUCUUUCAUGUGAUCUUCAAGUGGUGGUGGACAAAGCUUCUCCUCUAGAACCUCCUCAACUUUUGGAGGAUGACAAACUUUCCUCUUAUAUGGCAGAACCUGGUGUAGACAGGCUGUCAGUGGCUGAUGAUGGUGGUGAUGUGGAGUCCAGUAUCACUGGGGUCAGUGAGGACACCACAGAACCUGUUACCAUCAAAGUUGACAUUAAUCCACUUAUUACAGGCCCCAUACCAGAGGAGGACCAGGUCACCACACAAUUUUCUGGGUCAGAGGUCAAAUCCCAAAAAGAUAUGGAUGUUGAUUUAGGUAGAGAAAAUUCUCAUAUGGUUAAAAUACCAACUGGGACUGAAGCUCAAUUAAAUGUCUCUGGAGAAAAUGAUGCUAAAUCACUGGAUGGAUCGAGACAUUCUCCUACACCAAUCAGAGGUUCAAGUGGAGGUAAAGGCUCACCUAGAAUGGUCACCACACCAACCAAAGGAAGUAGUAGGCAUUCCUCAGCCAAAAGGGUAUCAUCUGGAAGGAAAUCUCCAAAAAGGGAAGCCACACCUGUUAAACAUUCGUCCAGACAGUCGUCAGCUAAAAAUAAAGCAGACAGACCACUGUCAUCAGAUGAAACCGAGGUCAAGGUUACUGAGACUUUGGUUGCUAUGGAAACUAAGACAGAAGAAGUAGAUUUAGAGGAUGUAGCCAGCAUAGCUUCCUCAGUCCUCAUAGAACAGGACAUUGUGUUGCCACCUCCAGAGGAGACAGGAGACAUAAACAAUGUUGGUGAGACAACAAGUGUGCCUGUGAAUGGUGUAACACAACCACUUCAACCCCAGUACACAGGUUCCUUGGCCAGUAAAGAAGGAUUUGUGAUUCCUGAUGGUGUACCCCCUGCCCCAGUAGCUACGCCCCGCUCAUCCCGACCUGUCUCUAGAACCAGUUCAAGGUCAACGUCUUACAAACUAGAACAACCACCUCUAGUAGAAGAACCCUCUAUAGUGUCACCAAAAACUGCUAGAUCACAGGAACAGAAGGUAGAACAAAGUGUGACACUGAACCAGGACAAAAAAGUAGAACCAAAUGUGGAGCACAAGGCACUUGACACUGCUGAGUUAGCUGUGGGGAAAAAGGAAGAGACUAAACCAAAACCUAAUGAAGGGACCAAGAAAGGGCAACAGCGCCGAGGUCACCUGCCACGAGGUAAAAAGGCUAAGAAAGAUGUGACAAAGGCAAUAGAUAUCUCCUCUGUACAGCCUGACGAAGAGGAAAAACCAAAGGAACAUGAGAUAACUGUGUACAAGACUGUCAAGAUUGAGGCUCCAAAGGAAGAGACUAUCAUCCCAGACUUUAUAACUGAGGAGGCAACUCGACGUGAGGAAGAUUCUAAGGAGGCACUUGAGCAACAGAUGGUGGAGAUGUCCCAGAUUGUGGACAACGCUAUGGCAGGGACCGUUUUGGAAGAGGAUCAGAGUGGACUCACAGAUCAAGAGUUAGAACUGGCACAAAAAAAAGUUCUGGAGAGAAUAGCAGAAGCCAAGGAAAAGAUGGAAAUGGUAGAAAAACCACAGCCACCCAAAGAGGAAAAACCUGUCAAAGCCACAACGGGAAAGAAAGGGGCAAAGAAAAGCACUGAGAAAAAAGUAGUGGACCCAGAAAAAGAAAAGCUGAAAGAAAUUAGAAGGCUUGAGAAAGAGAAACGGCUGGAAGAGGCUAAGGCAUUGCAAGCAAAGAUAGAUAAACAACAAGCACUGAGAAAAGCCAAGGAGAAAGAGGCUCGUGACAAAGGAAAGCUGAAUACUGAUAAUGUGGAACUUGAGCUUGAGAUGGAAAGACUGGAAAGGGAAGCUGAGGAGAUACAACAAGCUGAGGAUGAAGUGCGACAAGCACUCUCUGAAGCGAGGAAGAAACAGAGAGAAGAGCGAGAAAGUCGCAGGAAGGCUGAUCUGGAGCGGAAAAAACAGUUGGCAUUAGAACGGCGUGAAAAAGAGAAAAAAUUGAUGGAGGAUGCAAAAAACAAAGAGCUAGAGAUGUUAGAGAAGAUUGAAGAUGCCAAUGUAAGGAAACGUCAGCGAGAAGCAGAGGAACUCAAACAGGAGGAAGAAGAGAGACUGGCUCAGGAGCGACUAGAGGAGGAUAUGAAAGAGGCUGAGAGACUUGCAGAAGAGGAGGAAGAAAAACUACGUGAGCUAGAGAGACAGGCAGAGGAGGAAGCCAUGCAGCGACUAAUUGAUGAGAGAGAAGAGGCCACACGAAAGAAAAGACAAAUAGAGGAGCAGAAACGGUUAAUUGAGGAAGAAGAGGAAAGAAAAAGGCAAGUUAUUAUUGAGGAAGAAAAGCGAUUGGAAGCAGAAAGGUUAAAAAGAGCAGAGGAAGAGGAUAGGAAACUGCAAGAAGAGAGGAAAAGACUUGCAGAGGUAAGACAUUUUAGCACAAGGUGUAUGUCUUGCUCACCGUCUGUAAACUACAACACAAGGGAGAUGGCUUUGGCAAGACGGGAGCGAAAUCUUGAGGCUCGUUCCAACAUGACUCGACUCAAACAUGGCCAAGGGAUCACACAACCAUGGGUCUGGUCCUACUUCAUACAGUGGCCCUUGGAAACAUAUAACAUACCCAUAGGAGGGGAGCCUGAUGAUAAGAAGAAGAAACGCCCCAAGUCUAAGGCCAAGAGAUGAGGAGCUUUCUGAUUGACC